AUGUGGGAACAUUUUCAUCAAAUCUUCGUGAAUAAUUUACAACAACAAUUUGUAUCGUGCAAUGAAUGUAAAACACUAUUAGCAUUUACAUCAACAAAUGGUACUAAUAACUUGAAAUCCCAUUUGAGUUCUUGCUCAAAAACAAAAAUAAUAUUAAAUGAUCUUAAUCAAACAACAGUACAUGAUUUCUAUUCAUCUUCAAAAACAAUACAAAUCCCAAAGAAAAUUAAAUUAUCUGUAACACAAGCAUGUGCCGAGUUUUCGGCAUUAGAUGGUCGAGCAUUUGAUACAAUGACUGGAUAUGGUUUUCAAAAUUUAGCACAAGUAUUAUUUGAUGCCGGUCGUUCAUUUACUAAUUCAUCUAUACAAAUAGAAGAUAUUCUUCCACAUCCUACUACCAUUAGUAGGAAUGUUGGAAGGAUUUAUGAACAAUCAAAAAUGCAAUUGAUUCAGAUUUGUGAAAAAUUGAAAAGUUUUUGUGUGGUAGUGGGCAGUUGGACAGAGAAAUUUACGGGGAUAAAUUAUUGUGGUAUUGCCUUGCGAUACGUCGAUGACAAUUUUAGAUUAUUAUCAUUUAUUCUCGGUUGCUAUGUCUACGAUGCACCUAGUCAUUUAGCUACACAUUUUCGUGCUUUUGUUAAUAGUAAAUUACAAGAAUAUAAUUUACAACUUAAUUCAUCUAAAUUUGUUGUUUCUGAUAAUGAGGUGAAAAUGAUAGAUGCAUUUCGUGAUAAUUGUACAAGAAUAGGUUGUUCAGACCAUUAUCUUAACAAACAACUGCAGCACGCGUUCGAAUCAACUGAAAUUCAUUUAAAUAAAAAUAAAAUUGAGAGUGUUAAUUGUGCAACAGCUCAAAAUGUUUUCCUUCAAGUGAAAAAAAUUGUUACCAAUGUUAGACGUUCACAUCGCCAGCAACAAUUAUCAAUGAAAUUACAAAUCUAUAGCGAAACGAGAUUCAAUGGUGCAAUGACAAUGCUGAAUAUCUUUCGAAAGGUAUUUUAUGAGUUACCAUUAGUAUUAACAAAUACCAAAUCAAUGGAAAAUUAUAAUUUAAUUGAUAAAAAAUCACUUGAUGAUAUUUGUCAUUUACUUGAACCAUUUGAAGAAGUUAUUGAAGCACUCAGUGAAGAUCAUCAACCUACUUUACAUCAAGUGAUACCGUUGCGUCAAUGUUUGAUUAAUAAAUGUGAAAGUACUGAAGAAGAUUCAACAGCAGUAGCUGAAUUAAAAUUAUUUUUAGGUGAGAGAAAACAAGCUAAUUGUCUUUAA